AGAAGUAAAAUAUACACUGCGUUUUUUUAAAGUCACCUGCUAUUAUUGAGAAGCCGCAAUUGAGUAAACCCUAGUUCUUAUCAACCCCGAAGAUUUCGAUCUCGAAGGUACUUCCAAUCAAUCCAAAAUCUUUCUUCUUCUGCUUGCUCAUUCAUCCAAUCUUAUAUCUCCCGAGAAGGAAUUUGAAGUAGGAGUAUUUCAGAUUUCAUAAUUAUGGCUGAGGAAGAUAAUCAAUUUGAGUUGAAGGAGGAAGCUGCAGAUCUUGCUCCAUUUGAUCCAACGAAAAAGAAGAAGAAAAAGAAGGUUGUCAUUCAAGAUCCUGCUGAAGAUUCUGUUGAACAGUUGGUUGAGAAAACCGAUAACUUAUCUGUCUCCGACACUCUUGAACCUACAUUCACCGGUCUGAAAAAGAAAAAGAAAAAACAGGUACAGUCGGAUCUCUUGGAUGAUGAACCAGAUAAUGCUGAGGAAGAUAUAGAUUAUCCCGUUGGAGAGGAUGAAGAUGCAGAAGGAAUCGACCUGCAGCCGCAAAAACUUCCAUGGGAAGGAACGGAUCGUGAUUACAAGUAUGAGGAGCUUCUGGGAAGAGUGUUUCAUAUUCUCCGUGAAAACAAUCCGGAGCUUGCUGGAGAUAGAAGGAGAACAGUCAUGAGGCCACCGCAAGUUCUCCGUGAAGGAACAAAGAAAACCGUCUUUGUUAAUUUUAUGGAUCUUUGCAAAUCGAUGCAUAGGCAGCCUGAGCAUGUUAUGACCUUCUUGCUUGCUGAACUGGGUACAAGUGGAUCACUUGAUGGGCAGCAAAGAUUGGUUGUGAAGGGUAGAUUUGCACCCAAAAAUUUCGAAGGAAUUCUGCGUCGAUACGUCAAUGAGUAUGUUAUCUGCAAUGGUUGCAAGAGCCCGGAUACACUUCUUAUAAAGGAGAACCGUCUGUUCUUCCUCCGAUGUGAGAAGUGUGGUUCUGGGAGAUCAGUUGCUCAAAUCAAGGCCGGAUUCGUGGCUCGUGUGGGCCGUAGAAAGGCUGGAACCUAGUUUUUGUGAGACGAAAUAUGAAAGUCAUGCAAGGCGUGUGAAACGAAUGGAGAAGGUAAGUUAAACUUUGAUGUUAAAGUGUAUCCUCAUAUUAAUACAAACUGGAUUGAGGAUGUGCCUCAUGGUUUUUGCUUUUUUUCGGAUCUAUACAUUUAUCCUUCGUUUUAUCAAACAUCUUUCAACUUAUUUAUUGUUGUAAACUUUAUAAUAUUUUGUGACUUUCCUUUCCA